GGGCGGUGCUAGUGGCGGGAAGAGUAAAGAUGGCGGUGCAGAGGUCUCCGCCUUCUGCUCCUGGCUGAAGCGCUCUGAGAGAGGUGGCAGUGGCAACCCAAGUCGCACCAGCAGUCUCCUACUGGUAGUUUCGGCUGCAGCUGCAGGGAACUGGGGCCAUGGCGGAGCUGGAGCACCUAGGUGGGAAGCGAGCAGAGUCGGCGCGCAUGAGGCGGGCUGAGCAGCUGCGGCGCUGGCGUGGCUCGCUGACAGAGCAGGAGCCCGCGGAGCGGAGAGGCGCCGGGCGCCAGACGCAGACGCGCGGGAGCCCCAGGGUCCGCUUUGAAGACGGCGCUGUCUUUCUGGCCGCCUGUUCUAGCGGAGACACCGAAGAGGUAAAAAAGCUUCUAGCCAGAGGGGCCGAUAUCAACACAGUCAACGUGGACGGCUUGACAGCCCUGCACCAGGCCUGUAUUGAUGAAAAUUUGGACAUGGUGAAGUUUUUGGUGGAGAACAGAGCCAAUGUAAACCAGCAAGACAAUGAGGGCUGGACACCUCUUCAUGCGGCAGCUUCCUGUGGCUAUCUCAACAUAGCAGAGUACUUCAUUAACCAUGGAGCAAGUGUGGGUAUGGUGAACAGUGAAGGUGAGGUCCCCUCUGACCUUGCAGAAGAGCCGGCUAUGAAGGAUCUUCUUCUAGAACAAGUGAAGAAGCAAGGAGUGGAUCUAGAACAGUCAAGAAAGGAAGAAGAGCAGCAGAUGUUACAAGAUGCCCGCCAGUGGCUCAACAGUGGGAAGAUAGAAGAUGUGAGGCAGGCUCGCUCAGGGGCUACAGCCCUCCACGUGGCUGCUGCCAAGGGCUACGCUGAAGUCCUCAGACUUUUAAUUCAGGCUGGCUAUGAACUCAAUGUUCAGGAUCAUGAUGGCUGGACUCCCCUCCAUGCGGCUGCACACUGGGGAGUGAAGGAGGCUUGCUCCAUCCUGGCAGAAGCGCUUUGUGACAUGGAUAUUUGCAACAAACUGGGCCAGACGCCAUUUGAUGUGGCUGAUGAGAGUCUUGUGGAACACUUGGAGAUGCUUCAGAAGAAGCAGAAUGUGCUUCGAAGUGAAAAGGAAACACGGAAUAAGCUCAUUGAAUCAGGCCUGAACAGCAAGUUGCACAGUGGACUCUUUAAGAACAAAGAGAAGAUGCUGUAUGAGGAAGAGACACUGAAAUCCCAAGAAAUGGAGGAAGAAAACAAAGAAUCCAGUAGCUCCAGUUCAGAGGAAGAGGAAGGUGAAGAUGAAGCUUCUGAGUCAGAAACUGAGAAGGAGGCAGAUAAAAAGCCUGAAGCCACUGUCAAUCAUUCCAAUUCUGAAAGCAAGAGUAGUAGCACAGAGCAGACACCAGCUCCAGCUCAGAAUACCUUCUCUGCCUCUUCUGCUAGGAGAUUCUCCUCCAGCCUUUUUAACAAGCCAGAAGAGGCCAAAGAUGAAUCCCCUUCUUCAUGGAGAUUGGGACUCAGAAAAACUGGCAGCCACAACAUGCUGAGUGAAGUGGCCAAUUCCAGGGAUGCUUUAAGGGACCGAAGCUCCUCCAUCUACCGCUCCUCUUCAAGCCCUCGGAUCUCUGCUCUGCUGGAUAACAAAGAUAAGGAAAGAGAAAAUAAAAGCUAUUUUAGUUCACUUGCACCCCGGAGGCUCAGUAGCACAAAUGACAUUGAAGAAAAGGAGAACAGAGAGUCAGCUGUGAAUCUGGUGAGGAGCGGCUCCUACACUCGGCAGCUAUGGAGGGAUGAAACAAAGGGAAGUGAAAGUCCACAGACCGCGACUCCUUCCACCUAUGUGUCAGCCUACUUGAAAAGUGCUUCAUUUGGUAGAAGUAGUGACCCCACAAGUCCCUACAUUUCAGCCAAUCGCAAUUCAUCUCCUGCUACCUCACCCAUUACCAUUGGUUCAUCUACCUCUCGGGGCAGCCAGUGGCAACCUGCCUCUUCUUGCUCUGCACCAAUCAGUGCAAACACUACUGCAUCAGUCCAACAUGGCAGGACUCCUUACAAAUCACAAGCUGACUGCACAGCAGAAAAAACAGCAGAUAGUGUCUCCUCUACUACCCCGCUUUGCGUGAUCACCAAUCGUCCUCCGCCUAGUACUGCCAAUGGGAUCACAAGUGUCACGGUGUCCUCCUCCACUGCAGCAGACUCCUCUGUGGAAGCCAGGGAGAAGAGGAGGUCCUAUCUGACCCCUGUACGGGAUGAGGAAGCUGAGUCUUUACGGAAAGCACGCUCCAGACAAGCUAGACAGACUCGUAGGUCCACUCAGGGUGUUACCCUAACGGACCUUCAAGAAGCUGAAAAGACUUUUAGCCGUUCAAGGGCAGAGCGCCAAGUUCAAGAGCAGCCUAGUGAGAAGCCUUCCAAUACUGCAGAGCUGGAAGGGAGCACUGAGAAGCAGGACCCCUCAACAGAAUUGACAAAGGAAGCUGGAGAGAACCAGCAACCUUGGGGCAGGAGUGUGGAUGAAGAGCCUAUCUAUCGUCGCCUGAGGUGUCCAAAUCGGCCAGAAAAACCAAUAACCACCGUGUCUCCUUCUGUAUCAAGACCCUCACUGUAUACCAGUUCCCAUCUGCUGCGGACAAAUAGAUCUUCAGUCCCUGAUACUGAGAGUUCUGAGACCGCCACAAACACUAUAACUGGAAAGGAAAUGGACAAGAAUGAGAGUGAAGAAGUGGAUUUGGACAAUCAGUCCACUAAUCAGCUAUCCAUCCGAGAAAGGAGGCGACCCAGGGAACGUCGAAGAGGCACUGGCAUCAACUUUUGGACAAAGGAUGAGGAUGAUGGUGAUUCUGAAGAGGUCAAAGAAACAUGGCAUGAAAGACUUUCUAGGUUGGAAUCGGGAGGUAGUAACCCUGUGACCAGUGAUUCUUAUGGUGACCGGCCCUCAGCAAGAGCCCGUCGGGAGGCCCGGGAGGCUCGUCUAGCCAGCCUGACCAGCCGUGUGGAAGAGGACAGCAACAGGGAUUAUAAAAAACUGUAUGAGAGUGCCCUGACUGAAAACCAAAAAUUGAAAACAAAGCUUCAGGAGGCCCAGCUAGAGCUAGCAGAUGUAAAGUCCAAGCUUGAGAAGAUGGCCCAGCAGAAACAGGAGAAGACCUCUGAUCGAUCAUCAAUGCUGGAGAUGGAGAAACGGGAGAGGCGAGCCUUGGAACGGAAAAUGUCAGAAAUGGAGGAAGAGAUGAAGAACCUCCACCAGCUAAAACAGAUUCAAACCUUGAAGCAGAUGAACGAGCAACUGCAGGCUGAGAACAGAGCCCUAACCCGAGUGGUGGCCAGACUCUCGGAGUCCAUCGAGUCCUCGGACACCCAGGAGCUCUAGUUCUUGCCUUUCCUCUUCACCUCACUUUCCUCCUCCACUACUCCAGGUAUUAACAGAACUGAAAUCCGACAACCAGAGGCUGAAAGAUGAAAAUGGUGCCCUCAUCAGAGUCAUCAGCAAACUGUCCAAAU